CUGUAUCUUUGCAUACACACCUUUUUUCCUUUUUUUCUUCUUUUUCCUUUUUAUUUCGCAACAAAUAAAAAACUAGCAAGACGUUAGAACACACAGACUCUUUCGUUCAAUCUUUUCUCUCCAAACCCGAAUCACAAAUGUGACAAAAUUUCUAUCAUAUGGAUUCAUGUGACUGUUUCGAGUCACAAUGGCCGGGUGAUGAUCUUUUGAUCAAGUAUCAAUACAUAUCGGAUUUUUUCAUUGCCUUUGCGUACUUCUCCAUUCCGUUAGAACUUAUUUACUUUGUUCAAAAAUCGGCUUUCUUUCCAUACAGAUGGGUACUUAUACAGUUUGGUGCUUUCAUCAUUCUUUGCGGGGCGACACACUUAAUAAAUCUAUGGACAUUUUCUUCACACUCAAGAACUGUGGCAAUAGUCAUGACUAUUGCAAAGUUAUCUACUGCUUUCGUGUCGUGUGUAACAGCUUUAACACUUGUGCAUAUUAUACCGGAUUUGUUAAGUGUCAAAACAAGAGAGUCGUUUUUAAGGAGACGUGCAGAGGAUCUUGAUCGAGAAAUGGGGUUGAUUAUAAAACAAGAAGAAACUGGAAGGCAUGUUAGAAUGCUAACACAUGAGAUAAGAAGCACACUUGAUAGAGAUACUAUAUUGAAAACAACUCUUAUCGAAUUGGGCCGAACUUUAGAUCUUGAAGAAUGUGCUUUGUGGAUGCCAUCUAGAAGCAGAGGAAUGGUUCUUGAGCUUUCUCAUUCUUUGCAUAAUUUGAUGCCUUUUGGUUCAACGGUUUCGAUAAAUCUGAAUGAAGUUACUCAAGUGUUGAAUAGUGAUCAUGCUGUGAGAAUUCAAGGGAAGUGUCCUUUGGUUAAGAUUAGAUCGUCUAUGGGGGCGUACAUGCCAUCUGAAGCUGUUGCUAUUCGUGUUCCUCUUUUGCAUCUUUCGAAUUUUGAAAUGGUUGAUUGGCCCGAUCACUCUGUCAAAAGUUAUGCGAUCAUGGUGCUGAUUCUUCCGGUGAAUAGUGUUAGAAAGUGGCGUGAUCAUGAACUAGAACUCGUCGAAGUUGUUGCUGACCAGGUUGCUGUUGCUCUUUCUCAUGCUACAAUCCUAGAAGAGUCUAUGAGGGCCCGCGACCAGUUAAUGGCGCAAAAUGUUGCUUUGGAUAUGGCCCGAAAAGAGGCAGAGAUGGCUAUUCAUGCUCGAAAUGAUUUUCUUGGCGUCAUGAAUCAUGAGAUGAGAACUCCUAUGCAUGCAGUUAUAGCACUGUCAUCACUUCUUUUAGAAACUGAACUUACUGCAGAGCAAAGAGCCAUGAUAGAGACGAUUCUUAAGAGUAGUAACCUUCUUGCGGUACUGAUAAACGACGUUCUUGAUCUUUCUAGGCUUGAAGAUGGUAGCCUACAUCUGGAAAAUGAAGUCUUUGACCUUCAUGGGUUGUUCAGCGAGGUGAUCAGAUUGAUAAAUCCUGUUGCUUGUAUUAAGAACAUAUCUAUGAGUUUAAACUGUAAUCUGGAUGUACCGGCUUAUGGGAUUGGUGAUGAAAAGCGGCUUAUGCAAACCAUCUUGAAUGUUGCCGGUAACGCAGUCAAGUUCACCAAGGAAGGUCAUGUUUCAGUUGAGGCCUCAAUUUUGAGUUCAGAGUUUGUCAGAGAAUGGCGAACGCCUGACUUCUCACCAGAAUUGGCAGAUGGUCUAUUUUACCUACUAGUACAGGUUAAAGAUUCUGGUAGUGGCAUUACGAAACAAGAAAUUCCGCAUCUUUUUACCAAGUUUUCAGAGACACGCAAUGCAUCGAUCAAAAGCAACAGUGGUGCAGGCCUGGGGCUAGCCAUAUGUAAAAGGUUUGUGAAUUUGAUGGGGGGCAAUAUAUGGAUUGAAAGUGAAGGGUUGGGAAAGGGUACCACGGUCACAUUUCUUGUGAAGUUGGGACACUGCAACGGUCCAAAUGACCCAACAAUGCCCAAAGGGAUUCCUAGAGUAAGAAGACAUCGGCAUCAAGGAAGUGGUGAACUCGUGACACACAGACAUUCAUCAAUCCAGGAUUACAAAGCAACUGCUUCCUUCCCACGUUACCACAGGGCGUUCUAAAUAGCUCCUUUUGAUUGAACUACCACCACAAAGGAAAUGCUGGAUAGCCGGGAGCCUGAGACAUCCGGUUUGUGAUAUAAAGCGUGUAGUAGCAUAUGAUUUUAUUAAAAUUCCAAAAUGCAAAGAUUGCAAUUGCUGAGCAAAUGAAUGAAGGAGCAACUUCUGACCUUGUAAUUUUGAUUAAUAUAAACAAAAAACUAGCAUAGAAUACAAAUUUAAGAAGUGUUUUUAUUCUA